GUCUUGGACCAAACGAAGAAGAAACAAGGGACAUGAAUAAACACUCAGCGUAGAUGUAGGGCUGAAAAGAAGCAGUUACUCUUAAUUGGUGUCUAUGUUAAUGUUGUCUUUAACUCAGAUCCAUUUAGUUACUCUCCAUUUUGGAAUCUGCAUCUAAAUCAAUACUAGCCACAGUUUUUUUUAAUUUUUUUUUUUUUUUUAAUAAAUUCUGGACCUGAUUAAUGCAGCCAUGUCCACCCAGGAGCUCUUUGUUGCUGCAGCUCGUAAAUAUCUGUGCACCGGUAGAAAAUCUCUCUCUGCUCCUCAGAGUCUGGACCUGGCCGCUCAGGUCUCAGCCGUUGAUUUGGGGCUGAAGCCCGCCCUCUUGUAUGACAGCAACGGCGCCUGUGCAGAGCAGCUGCAGCAGUAUUUGAGCUCUUUGCAGUCUCUCCAGCUCGUGUCUGAAUCGCUUCUCACUCUGGAUUUAAGUGGAAACAGCAUUGUUGUGAAUCCAGUUACAGUCAGGUCGCAUCUAGAGAAGGUGCUCAGCGACGGCAACGUGGCUGUGAUUGACGUCUGCCACUCUCUGGAUAAGCCGUCCAUCAGCGAUCCGCUGAGAGGAGAGCUUCAGAGAAUGACACAAGAUUUACUGCUGCUUCUGGGCCCAACUCAACGUCUGCAGGAGGAUGGAAAACUCCUUAAUGCUGGGGAGAAAUGUGAGGAGUGGAACCUGUGCACAGUGUUUGGUCUUUUAUUGGGCUACCCCGUCACCUACUGGUUCGACCAGACCAAGAGCUUUGAAAACUGUUUGUCUAUGACUCCGCUGAGUGUGACCACAGCUUCGGCAACGUGGCACGUCAACACCGCAGCUCACAAAUGUCGUCUGUAUUCCUUCAGCGUCCCAGCUGCUCUGCAUGAAAAGACGCAGUCCAACCUGGAAAACUGGAGGCACCGUCUGCAAGAGAGAUUUGAGCAGCAGCACGUCCUAAAAGAUCUCACCAUCAGCCAGUCCAUAGUCACUUUGUCCUCGGUCUGUUUGUGAUGCCAUCAUAAGUUUGUUUUUGCAAUAUAAUGCUCUGGAAUAUGUGGGGUUAUUUAUCACAACAUUAAACUGUGUGAAAACAGG